UUCGAACGCAACCUUUAAAUUUGUGUUGAUGUAAACAUCUUCAAGAUAUUGGAGGGAAAGGAGAGAAAAAAAUAAACGACUUUAGUAGGUACAAAUUAUUUAUAAGUCUCGAGAGCCUGGUGCGAAAAAUGCAGAAGGAGUUAAAAGGCACUCCAAAAUCAAGUCGUCGAAGAAUUAACGACCCAAACGUAUCAGAGAUUGGAGGCAGGAUUCUGUCAGAUGUCACAUCCAAUGUACCAAGAAGUGGAACUUCUCGUAAUAGAACAACUAUGAUGCCAGGGGACAUCACGCUGACAAUGAAUCAAGUGAAAAAGAAGAUCGCAGUAAACAGCAGGCAGUCAACUAUGCCAUUGCAUUUAUCAAAGAAUGUAGAUACUGAAUCCAAAGACAUAGAAUUUGGACUUCUUUAUGAUGAAUAUUUGCAAGCUAUGAUGAUGGAUCUUAUAAUAAAAAAACGGACUGAAGAGAAGAAGCAUUUGAUGGUCACACAAUUAGCUACUAUAGUACAACAGAUUGAUCAAGAUACAAAAAAAUUGAUAAAACUCAAAAUAAGAGUGCGUGAUAUAAUAAACUUAUCCUUGGCACAAAAAGAGGUAGAUGCACAAUUAGCCGCAGUAAAAGAGUGUACCAAACAUGAAACAUUUAAGAGUGUGGAAGAUUUGCUAUCUAAGUUACAAUCUUUCUUACAACCUAUGGAUGUAUUGCGGUGUAAUGGAAUAAUACUUCCUAAAACGCAAGAGGAGUGGGAAAGAACUCGAGAAAUAUUAACAAAAUGUUCGAAUACCUUAAAGAGCAUCAUAAAUUUAAUUGGAUCAAAAGGCGAAACAUAUUGCGCUGUUAAUGAUGGCUUGAAGAAUUUUGUUGAAACAUUAAAUGAAAUCGAGGAUCUUGAGAAGAAAUUGAAAGAAACACUAUGCAAUUUACAAGCAAUGAUAUUGAAAAAUGCUUCAUUAUCAUUAAUGCAUACUGAAAAUAAAUAAAUUGAUGUAUUUAUAGUUUAUAUAAAAUAUUGCUCAGACAGAGAGAAAAUAACAACAUGAAAUAAUAAUUAUAAAUAAAAUCUUUUUUUACAUGCCAACAAAGUUAUUUUCUCUAUAUCUGAACAAAUAAAAUUUGGCUCUUGUUAUAGCAUAUUUU